GUGAAUUAGAACCUGUCUUGUGCACAGCCCCUGUUGCCCCAGCCAUUUUGUUCUAGAUGCAACCGUGAUUCAUCUGGCGCCAACACCAUCAGAAGCGGAACUAGAAACCAAAAGGAAGGCAAAAGGUUUUCACCAAAAACAACGCGUUACUAAACAGAAGUGCAAUGUCUUCCCACGCUGUCCCGGAAGUGCUGAUGAAGAAAGUCGACGAGUAUGUUGACUCGCUUGCGCCACAGAUUCAACCCCGCAUCGCGUCAGAGCUCGAAAUCUUCCAGCAAAAAACCAUUGAUAGCCUCGAAACACAAGUGAUUGAGGCAUUUCGAUCUCUUUUCAAGAGCAAUGAGAACACAUCGAGAGAUCUCGGUGAAGGUGCACCGGAUGCCUAUGGCGGUCAAUCCCUGCCAUUUGCGGAGGAGCUCGUCAAGCUAACUCGUGGCCUGAGCAAGACUACCGAUGGAGUGAGUGACGAUCUUCGCGACAUCUUCAAAAUUAUCGACGGCGAUCGUCGCUCCGAUGGAUCUGACGGUACGCGGUCUCGUGGUCCAAGAGACGGAGCCUCGCUUCCUCGAGGUUUCCUCUCCGCAGCCAUCAACGCCGUUCAGGAUCAUCUAGACAACAACACAUCAGGACAACACGGGAAGUUCGAGGUUGAUGGAUUACUUGGUGUGCUUGGCAAUGCAAUCAAAGAAGCAGCCAGCAAUCCCGAAGAAAAGGCGCGUGUUAUUAGCCCAGAGAUCCGGGAGAAAGUCGGUGCCAAGUUACGCGAGCAGCAUGCGCCUAUUGCUGAAAACUUCACUCGCAUUGCCCUGGAUCAUAUCAAGCGCUGGCUCCGUGGCAACACGACGUCACGAGAUCUUGGUGAUGGUGUGAAAGGAGAGAUUGAAGGCCAAGUAAAAGAUCUAGUCAAGGGUCUUGGUGGCCUGUUCAGUCACAAGAAGGGUUCAGAUGGGGGUUCCAGUGAGGGCUUCCGAGCUAUGAAUCGAGAUGGGGAUGCUGGCAAUGAAGAGCCCAAAAGUGGCUUUUCCAAGAUUAUUAGUGAUAAGCUCAGCAACGGCCUCGCUAGGGUUCACAGAGAUGUGCGUCUCGAAUUCCGCAAAGUGCUGGGCUUGAUUGAGAAACAGUUGUUCGAGAUCCUACCAGAUGUAUUCCAACGUCCUAUCGAGAAGAUUCUCGGUGGAAAUCCCUUUGACUCGCAACUUCAGAGCGGCGAUGGCCAGCGAGGUUGGCAAACUGGAGAGCGUGAUUUUGGAGAUGAUGUCAUGGCGAAACUAGCAGACAGAAUUCGUGGCUUUGUACGUAAAGUUCAAGAGACUCUACGUGUCAGUAUUUUAGGUGUGGUGAAUGGUGGACAUCGCAAGUUUGAGCAGGAAAGUUGGGUGUUUGUUCAGAGUAUGGUUGAGCAAAAGGUGCAAAAGUAUCUACCAAAGGUCAAGAUCUCCGUUCCGGAUGAUAUCGGCAAUGAGGGCGUCAGUGUCGGGGAUCCAAACUCCAAAGUCGGACUCGUCGGAGCUAGCCAGCAGGCAAAAAAUCCUUUGCAAGCUCAAUCGUCUGUUUCAUACGAGAACCAGCAGCACAAUGGUUCGUAUCAGAACCAACAAUCCAACUAUCCGACCCAGAACCAGCAGCCCAAUUGUCCGACCCAGAACCAACAACACAACUAUCCAUACCACAACCAGCAGCCCAAUUGUCCAAACCAGAACCAGCAAUACAAUGAUCCAUAUCAGAACCAGCAAUACAAUGAUCCGUAUCAGAACCAGCAACACAAUUAUUCUUAUCAGAACCCGCAGCCCAACUAUCCAUACCAGAACCAGCAAUAGAAAGCAAGAUGCGGCGUCUUAAACUCAUUUCGAUUAUUAUAUACUAGGCAUAAGUUGGCCAAUGAAGAAAGCCAACAUUGACUAUGCAUUGGGCAUAGUCAAGAUAAAGGUACUAUAAAAAGAAAUACAUAUCUGCCAAUAUUAUAACAGUACUUAUCACUGUCAAUUGCCUUCAUACAUCACAAGCGUUACAUUCAGCUCUCGGGAACAUGGCGGGGGGGUUCUACUGAAAAAGAGUCGCUUCGCUCUAACGCGGACACAGGGUGGCGUGAUGCUGAGUCUAGUUGGCUGGUUGCAUCUAUAUUUUAUAUAGUAUUUGGUGAAUAUGUCUGUUAUUUUAGGGUUCACAGCUGUUUAUUCCAACCGGAAUGCGGCAGAGCACAAUAGCCCAAGCCUGACUGCAGCUUCGAACAACACUGUCUAUCACGGGUGCGUACGACCUGAGUUGGGAGUAAUGUCCGUGAUAGAUGAGGGGCACGGGAAGUGGAUGUACCCACACGUGGUGUGCGGGUGGCGUCCACCACUGUCACCAACGGCGCCGGGACGAUCGCUCAGCUACUAUUUGUGAACUCACCUCCAGCCACGUUUAGAAUAACUCUAUAUUACCAUGGGUGACUAUAGCCGUUGAUGCGGUUUAUUGGUAAUAAUUAAAUCAAGAGCUGGAAUAGGGCAUAUUACAAUCAACAAUACUAGAGUACCAGCUCCGCUAAA